CGGUCGGCAGCAGCAGCAUGGGCGACAAGUCGGAGGUCUACUUGUACAUCCCCAACCUCAUCGGCUACGUCCGCGUGGCCCUCACGGCCUACAGCUUCUACGUGGCCGAGACGGACUGGAAGACGAGCAUCAUCUGCUACGCCUUCAGCUUCAUCUGCGACUACUUUGACGGCUUCUUCGCCCGCUGGUUCAACCAAUGCUCGACGUUUGGCGCCGUCCUCGACAUGGUCACGGACCGCUGCUCGACGGCGGGCCUCCUCGUGAUCCUCUCGCACCUCUACCCGGCGUACAAGCUCGCGUUCCUCUUCCUCCUCGUGCUCGACUUCUCGAGCCAUUGGUACCACAUGUACGCGUCGCGCGGCCACCAUAAGUCGAUCGAGUCCAAGAAGAACGUUCUCCUGCGCGUCUACUACGGCUGCUACCCGCUCUUUGGCUACUGCUGCGUCGGCGCCGAGUUCUUCUACAUCCUCUUGUAUGUCCUCAGCUUUGAGCCGACGCUCGCGGUCGCGGGCCUUCCCCUUGCCUCGAUUGCGUGGUACGGCUGCUUCCCCGCGUGCGUCAUGAAGAACAUCAUCAACGUCGCGCAGCUCGCGUCGGCUGCGGCCAGCGUCGCCGAGUUCGACUACGAGCAGAAGACCAAGGCCAAGUGAGCCACUGCCUUUGCUUGAACAUCGCACGACAUGUAUCAAGAUAGCAUUACUGUAGCUGUAAUUCAACAACUUAUUCCACAAGCUACG